AUGGCGGAACAGCAGGAGAUCGUCGAUUCCGUGUCGGCCGAAAUGAACACAGACCCGAAAGUGGAGAUGGAGGUCGAAGCCGUGGCUCCGAAGGCGGAGACCGGCGAUGAGACAGCCGAGAAACGCGAGAGAGAGGAGACGGAGGAUGAAAGCAACGGAGGUGAAUCGAAGAAGCAGAAGGUAGAUGAGGAAGAGAAGUCAAACGGGUCGGGUCCGGUCAAGCUGGGUCCUAAGGAGUUCGUUACCUCUGUGGCCAUGUUUGAUUACUUUAUGAAGUUUAUGCACUUUUGGCCAACUGAACUCGAUGUCAACAAGUACGAGUACAUGGUGCUGCUAGAUCUGAUCAAGAAGGGCUAUUCUGAGCCUGAGAAGAAGAUUGGAGGAGGGAUCAAAACCUUCCAAGUCAGGAUCCAUCCGAUGUGGAAAAGCAGAUGCUUCUUUCUGGUUAGGGAAGACGACUCUGCGGACGAUUUCAGCUUCAGGAAGUGUGUUGAUUACAUCCUCCCGUUGCCUGAAAACAUGAAGACUCCAGGAGCUAGUGGCAAUGGACAUCACGGUGGUGGGGGACGAGGCCGUGGUGGAGGAAGGAGAGGUGGUCGUGGUGGUCGUGGCAGAGGCUUCAGAAACUGA